CACACACUGCACGCUCCAGGCCCAACUCAUCGCGCUGGGCAACCUUCCGGUUCUCCUCGAGUACGAAGCCGGAUCGCCGCUUCUCGCGCGUACAAUUCGGACUCCAAAGGGCGCGCGAGAAACUGGAGCUUCUGCCCCGCACAUGCCGCCGGGAUCUCCAGCCACGUGCCUCCGUCCGCUACCCUUCCGGACGCUACCUGUUGGGCCCGGCGUUCGCUGGGCCCUGGAGCCAGAGGCGGGAGAGAGCCCCUCCACGCCUCAUUGUCCCGCCUCCCGCGCCAGAGGUGGCACAUCUGGCUGCUCACGUGACUCAUCUGGUCCCUUAAGUCACUAGUCUGAGGAGGCAGCUGUCACCAUAACAACCAGAUCCAAAUGGGGAAGCGGUCUGCCGCAGCCCCCCAGAUAGGGAAGCCGCGGGGGCGGGCGGGGGUCGAAAGAGAAAAGGCCCCCGAAGCGCCAUGCUGCUUCAGCAUCUGCGGCUGAGCAGGGGCAAGGGCAGCCGGAUGACACCCAUCCCCAUCCUCUCACAUUGCCUAGGCAAGGUAAAAUCCACGGAGCGAGCCUGGCAGGAGUAGGAAGGGAGAGGCGAGAGCGCGCGCGAGGGGGGGGGGGAGAGAAGAGAAGAGACACAAAGGGAGACGCGAGGAGGAAUCCGAGAGAGGAAGAGCGGAGGGGGAGGGAUUACCGAGGGAAUCAACCUGAGCUCCCCGAGAGGAGAGAGCAGCAGAGAUCUCCCAUCCUGCUCGCGCAAGGGGCAGCCGCUCCCCAAUCAUUUCCCUCCACCCCACGAUGUAGAUGAAGCCCAAGUGAAGGCAGCAUCUCUGAGGAAGAGGAGACAAAGGGGGAUUCUGGAGCCAAAGUGACUGCGAGAGGGAAGGAGAGGAAGGUCUAGGGGAGAGAGAGGGAGGGGCGAGCCCAGCCCCUAGCCCCUGCUCCCCUCCCCUUCCUUACCCCGCCCUGGCCGGCGGCACAAACCCACAGAUCCCUCCAGCUGUUGUCAUCUCCCAGCUGUUGGCUGCUGCCUUCUGAUGCCAUGGGGAACAGCUUCUCCAGCAUCCCAGCGCUGCCGAGAGGCAACCCUAGCCGGUUCCAUAGAGUCCAUCACCAGCAUCUCAAUCUCAAAGACUCCAUAGGUGGACCAUUUCCUGCUUCAUCUCACCGAUGCCACCACAAGCAAAAGCAUUGUCUGCCCAUCCCACAGUGUGGAACUCUCUCAGUCAGCCCACUGCUGUUCCACCCCCAUACCAAGGGGUCACAGAUCAUCAUGGACACCACACAGAAGGCAGUCAAGCGUCAGGCUAGCUUCUGUAAUGCCAUCACCUUCAGCAACAGGGCAGUUGUUAUCUAUGAGCAAGUCAGGCUCAAGAUCACAAAGAAGCAAUGCUGUUGGAGUGGGGCUCUUCGGCUUGGAUUUACCUCUAAGGACCCCUCUAGGAUUAACCCAGAAACCCUGCCCAAGUAUGCAUGUCCAGACCUCGUUUCUCAGAGUGGAUUCUGGGCCAAGGCCCUCCCGGAAGAAUUUGCAAAUGAGGGAAACAUCAUCGCAUUCUGGGUGGACAAAAAGGGACGUGUAUUUUACCGGGUUAAUAACUCUGCCGCCAUGUUGUUCUUCAGUGGAGUGAGGACCACUGAACCAUUGUGGGCUUUGAUUGACGUCUAUGGACUCACACGUGGAGUGCAGCUGCUAGACAGUGAAAUUAUUGCUCCAGAUUGUCUCCGUCCAAGAUCCUUCACGGCUAUCCGGCGGCCUUCACUACGCAGGGAGACUGAGGACACCCGUCUGUCUGUGAGCCUUUGCGACCUCAACCUCCAGGAGGAGAACUUCCAUGUCAUGGCUGCCAUGUGUCCCAUUCCACAGAAUUCCCUCAACUCUCAACAUUCCCACCUUCUCCCAUCCCAGCUUGAAAGUGACCUCCGUUUCCAUCAGCUCAGGGGAGCCCAUAUUAAAAUCCUGGAUGACCAGACAGUGGCUCGCCUGGAGCAUGCUCGAGAAGAGAGAACUUUGGUUUUCACCAGCAGGCCCCUUAGAAUCAAUGAGACCAUAUUUGUCAAGAUUAAUAAAUCCAACACUUCACGUACUGGGACACUCUCUUACGGGGUGACCACUUGCGAUCCCAGCACCCUGAGGCCCAGCGACCUUCCUUAUAAUCCAGAGUCUUUGGUUGACCGGAAAGAGUUCUGGGCAGUUUGUAGGGUGCUGGUGCCUCUCCAGAGUGGAGACAUUUUGGGAUUCAUGGUGAAUUCAGAAGGCGAACUGCACUUGAGCCACAAUGGAGCAAACGCCGGCAUGCAGGUGUGCGUGGACUGUUCCCAGCCACUGUGGAUGUUCUUUGGUUUACAUGGAGCAGUCAUGCAAAUCCGUGUCCUGGGUUCUACUCUCCUGGCUGAGCGACUGGGCCCCUCUGCACCCGGCUCACCCGCCUCAUCUCCAAACUCUCCCUCCGUCCUCUGCAGUGGCAUUUCUGAUCCCAUUCUGAGUACAUGUGGAUCUGGCCCACUUGGCAGCUCACUCAGUGGCACAGCUCCAAACUCUCCUGUCAGCAUGCCAGAGUCCCCCCUUUCCCCCUCCAUCUCAGGUUCCUGGAAUGACGAGUGCACCAUCUGCUAUGAGAACAUGGUGGAUACCGUGAUUUACUCCUGUGGACAUAUGUGUCUGUGCUACACCUGCGGGCUCAAACUCAAGAAGAUGGCCAAUGCCUGUUGUCCUAUCUGCAGACGUGCCAUCAAGGACAUCAUCAAGACCUAUCGCAGCACCUAGAGCAGCAUGGCAGGAAAAGGGUAGGGGCAGCAGGGGACAUGCUGUCUUAUGACAAUUCAACAGAACAGGGUGGGGAGGGGCUGUCCAGCUUGCCAAAAUUCCCAUCCUUCCCUGUGCAACUAACUCUGAAUGUUGCUACAUGUGGGCAAAUCCCAGAAAUUUGAGGUCUAAACAUUUCCUUCCUUCCUUGGCAUCUAGCAGAGAGCUACUGACAACAAUCUGAUGUGCAUCUGUCAAGAAAGGUUGAAUUGCAUUCCUCCUCUUUCUCUAGUUCUGGCUCCACUCACCCACCUUCCUGCAAGGAUCAAAUGAUGCAGAAUAAUCAGAUUUUCUUGGGUAUGUUAGCAGUUUCAUUAUGUGAAUGAAUUCAACAUUUUGGACGUUUAAGUGGAGUAGAAAAAGAACAAG